UUCCCAACCUUGUUAUUUAUGCAGUGUGAAUUUGCUUUUAGGACUGUUUGCAUGAUUUUUUUGUGUUCGGACAGCAUUUUUAAUACACUGUCAGUUUAUAGAAAUUGAAUAAUUUAUUCUAUAUUUUUCAUCUCCAGAAAAUGGCUCGACGAUAUGAUACACGUACAACAAUUUUUUCACCUGAGGGUCGAUUAUAUCAGGUAGAAUAUGCAAUGGAAGCUAUUAGCCAUGCGGGAACUUGUCUUGGAAUUUUGGCAACUGAUGGAAUUUUAUUGGCUGCCGAAAAGCGAAAUACAAAUAAACUUCUCGAUGAGGUAUUUUUUUCUGAAAAAAUUUAUAAAUUAAAUGACGAUGUUGUUUGUUCAGUGGCGGGAAUUACGUCAGAUGCAAAUGUCCUGACAAAUGAAUUACGAUUAAUUGGACAACGAUAUCUUUUGCAAUAUGGAGAGCCAAUUCCUUGUGAACAACUUGUUUCUUGGCUUUGCGAUGUUAAACAAGCUUAUACACAAUACGGUGGAAAAAGACCAUUUGGUGUUUCAAUUCUUUAUAUGGGAUGGGAUCGUCAUUAUGGUUAUCAACUUUAUCAAUCUGAUCCAAGUGGAAAUUAUGGUGGAUGGAAAGCAACUUGCAUUGGUAAUAAUUCAGCGGCUGCAAUUUCAUCGCUUAAACAGGAAUAUAAAGAAGGUGAAACAACAUUAAAGGAUGCAAUGGCACUUGCUAUUAAGGUUCUUUCAAAAACAUUGGACAUGAAUAAACUUUCCGCCGAUAAAGUUGAAUUGGCAACUUUAACUAGAGAGAAUGGAAAAACGAAGACAAAAAUUUUGCCAGCUGCCGAAGUUAAUGCAUUGAUUCAGGAACAUGAUAAAUUAGAGGCACUUGCCGAGCAGGCGAAAAAAGAAAAGCAGAAAUCUUAGUUUUAUUUAAUUUUAUACCUUUUUCAAUUGUCUACGAAUUUGGUUAAUAGAUAUAUUCAAUAAAGUGAAUUCUUUUUUUUAA